AAGGUCACCUUGAAUCCAGUCCGUGCCGUGAUAAAAUUGUGAGCUUGAGCUUUUUUGGCGAACGAGUGAUAGUGUGGUGUUUUUUUGAAUGUUUUGAAUGAUACAUAACAUCACAAAAAUGUGUACAAAGGACGCCCUAUUUUCUAUGAUCUCAGAGCCAGCUGCUGAAACUGGAAAUAAAGUUACUGUCGUUGGAGUUGGCGCAGUAGGGAUGGCAUGUGCAUUCAGUAUUUUAUCACAGGGAAUCUCCAAUGACGUUUGCCUUGUUGAUGUGGUCACUGAUAAAGUCAUGGGUGAGAUGAUGGAUCUUCAACAUGGAUCUCUCUUCAUGAACAACCCGAAGAUAACUGCCAGCUCAGAUUACUCAAUAACAGCUGGUUCAAAACUAUGCAUCAUCACUGCCGGAGUCCGACAAAAGGAAGGUGAAUCCAGACUGAACCUGGUACAACGCAACACAGAUGUCCUCAAAUUCAUCAUUCCCAACCUGAUAAAAUAUUCUCCCGAUACGAUGCUCUUGGUAGUGAGCAAUCCCUGCGACAUCCUCACGUACGUAGCUUGGAAGCUGAGUGGUUUGCCAAAGCAUAGGGUGUUCGGGUCAGGAACCAACUUGGAUACCUCGAGAUUCAGGUUUUUGAUCUCGCAAAGAUUGGGUAUCUCGCCAACUAGCGUUCAUGGUUGGAUCAUCGGGGAGCACGGGGAUAGUAGCGUUCCUGUUUGGUCGGGAGUCAAUGUAGCUGGAGUACGUCUGAAAGAGGUCAACCCGGCCAUCGGAACAGAAAACGAUCCAGAGAAGUGGAAGCAGAUCCACCAGGACGUCAUAGCUGCAGCAUAUGAGGUCAUCAAGCUCAAAGGCUACACUUCCUGGGCCAUAGGACUGAGUGUCGCAUCGAUAACCCAAACCAUCUUGAAGAAUGGCAACAACGUGCAUGCCCUAUCGACUUACGUAAAGGGUGAGCACGGUUUGGAACACGAGGUUUUUCUGUCCUUGCCAGUUGUUCUUGGGGAAAUUGGAAUCAGCCACAUCGUCACCCAAAAACUGAAUUCUUCUGAGCACGAGGCCAUUUUGAAAUCGGCCACAGUGAUGGCGGAAGUACAAAAAGAUAUUAGUUUGUAGAUUAUGAUGAUCAGUAUUGUUUAAUUUCAGAACUCACGGCUUCUAGUCAUAGCAUUUAUUAUUUUUAUCUAUGUCAUUUCUACCAUUUGCAGUAUUGAACUUGCAACUUAUUCAAGCAUUUACCUUGUAUUAAUAUUUAUUUCUUCAAAAAGGCAAGUAUAGAUAGAUACCUAGUAUUAUUUUGAUUAUCUAUAUAAAUUGUGCAUUUCAUUAUUUUUCUGAUUUCACUUGUUACUGCAUACAAUUCGAAAUUAUAAAACUGUCCAUGAAAAGUCUA